AUGGUGUAUCAGGUCAACCUCCCCGCUUCGAACAUGGGCUUGGAGUUCAAAGACGUCGGCUAUGGACCACCGGUGGUUGCAAAUAUUCCACCAGGCGGAUACGCGGCUGCGUACACAGACAUCAAGGUGGGAGACGUGUUACUUCGUUGCUCGGCGCUCGAAAUCGACGUACAUCACCCACACGUAAAGCCGAGAAAGUUUGAAUUCGACGCGCUCGAACCCACGCCGACGGGUCGCUUGCCGUCUUUCGAGACGUGCAUGAAUGCGUUGAGAUCGACGGCGGUGUACUCGGCCGGUUUCAAACAUCUUGAGGUCACGUGCGAGUUCAAGCGCGACAUCGACGAUCGUGCAGAGCACGAGGAUUACGCGCGUUUGAUGGAAACGAUGACACGCGUGGGAAGACUCGAAGCCGAUCGAGAAAACGCGGGUGACUACGGCCCGCGCGCGCCGGGCGAGCACCCCGAAGGCACGCCGAGUGAACCUCUUUACGUCCCCGACGAUGGAACGUACCCCGUCGACGAUUGA